CACCCUGGAAUUUAUUCCGUGUAAACAGAGCCACAAAUUGUUUAUAAGUUAUUCAUCACGCAAGUUAUAUUAUUCAACAACAUGAAGAUGACCAAGCCUCUCCUCGUCCUCCUGAGCCUCGCCGUCGUCCUGCACGUCGCCGUCGCCCAGCCCGUGGACGUCGUCCAGGACGAGGCGCCCCUGCAGGACGCCUUGCUCCAGGACGAGGCGCCCCUGCAGGACGCCUUGCUCCAGGAGCUGCAGGAGUUGGUUCUUGCGGACGCGGAGUUGCAAGAUCAACUCGGGGCGCUGGACGCGGAGCGUGACAUGAUCGUGACCGUGCCGAUACCCAAGUGGCUGUGUGAUGUCCUGAAACCUGUCAUUCCGCUGAAAAUAACAUGCACUGAUGCGAUCACAGCUCAGUAAACCAGCGUUCCAAGCAGGAUGGCACAAGAUAACCGCAACUCUGGAUACGUUUGUCGGAAAAAUAAACAUUGAAACAAA